CGCGAAUUUAGUACGAAAUUUUCAGCCGAUCGAUAAAGUUCGUCUUCCGGGAUUCUAUGGUGGCUGGCGUGUGCAUUUCUUUUUCACUUUGUUAAGGAGUUAUCGCAUUUAAGAUGAACGUGCUUCAUGCGUUCACACUUUGGACGCUGUUAGUCAUUGGCAUUCAUGGAGCACCGGAUCCCUGUGCCAACCUCGAACAGAUUCGAGUCUGCAACGAAACGCAAUACGAAGUCUACCGCCAGUGCGUGGAAGAAAGCAAAUCCAUUCGACAGAAGAGGCAGUCGCUCUGUCAGCAGAGUUUAGUUGAUUUUGAGCCUAUGCAAGAUCAACCGCAAUCCAUAGAAGACAACGAAUCUCUCGAAUUGAAUCAAACCACAUCCGGAGACGUUAUCAUGCCAUCGAUUCAAGUGAUCCCAGCUCUAGAAAAUGUGAUUUCCGUAGAGCCUGUGGAGUCGAACGAUAUUCCCGAAUAUGAUCAUCCCAGCGCACUCGGGAAGUCGCUGAAGCGGAAGGUGAUCAUUCAAGGAGACGAUAAAGAUGAGCAACUUGAAUACCAUGUCCCGACAAAUGUUACCACUGUGAUUCGCCUGACUAAUAUUGUAAACAAUACCAAUGUGGUUAAUGUACCCACGAACGUCAACACGACAAACGUGAACAACAUUCAUAUUUACGCCAACAUAACGGAAGGCGAAUCGUCCACACCGGAAGAGGAAAAAUGUUGUACAGCCGUUCGGCCCAAGACUUGCCAUGCAUCGACGAAAGGCUUCAAAUGUCAACAUAGGAAGUUUCGUACAUGUGGUCCACAAUGCAAAUCCGACGUGGUUCAUGUCCAGCGAAGAAAACGAUGCGAUUCUUCAGGGAACUGCAAGGAAAAGAUCGCGUAUGUGCCACAGCCAGAAAAACCGAAAUGUGUCUACGUCGAGCAGUGGCCGUUCGUCGUUUGUGGAAAACCAGCCAAUAUGAAAGUGAUUUGUGAUGGCUGUUACGAUCACUAUGGUUACGGAUACGAGUCUCUCAAUGGGCCUAUAGUUGAUCAAUGCAGAGGCUGCUACGAUGAUGGAUUUGACUACGGUCCGAUGUAUCGCCGAGGACCUGUCUUGAGACAAUUUUACUACCACGAACCACCGUGUUAUCUAACGGGAAAUUGUCCAAUGUCAUAUGGAGAUUGCGGAUACGGAUGUUAUGGGCAUCAACUGGUCGAUCCUGUCUGGGGACCUCCUUCUCCUUACGAUCCGAGCAUGAACGAUAUGAAUACGGAAUCACUCGAGCAGGAUAUUCAAAUAACCAACGAUACUGAAGCAGACUGGGGAGUUCCAGUACACAAGUGUACUGUAGUUUCGGAAGAUAACACCAUUACGGUACAGAACUGUACUAACACAGUUGACAAUCAGUAUGCUGCCGCGCCUCAGAAUUACCCGUACUACAAACCAGUGCAACACAAUCACCAGAAACACGCAUAUAAAGUUAAGCAGACUAUACGGAAACGAAAUCCAGUGGUGGAGGCUGAUGACAGUGGAUCCGGCGAAGGAUCUUUAGUACAAUCUGACAUAUCGUUUAUCAUAGAUGACGAUGAUGGUUACGAUUACAGCUUUUAGAUAGGUGGAUAAGUGCAUCUGUGUUCAUUAUGACAACAGUACUCGCGGCAUUCUCACAGCUUGUGUUCUGUAUUCAUACUUAAAACUCAGUUACUGUUUUGGGGAACUCCGAAUACCGUAGUGAAAUAAACUAUUACAAGUAUUCAAACAUGAAAAAUUCAUUUUAAGUUUACAAAAAGAGUAAUGGGCUUUGUAAACAAACUUAAGUUUAGCUGAUUUCUCUUAUUUUUGUAAAUUUGAACUCAGUAAACAUUUAGAAUUGUUUCUACAAAGAGUAAAUAUGUGGAUCGUGUACUAAUUAUGAAAAUACACUGAAGAAAGAAUGGUGAGCAAAAUAAG